AUGUUCGGGACCCCCAACUCUCCCUCCCUCUUCGGGACGCCCUCUUCUACGCCCUCUUUCGGAACUCCCUCCACUACCCCUGCCUUCGGCACCCCUUCCUCCACGCCGGCAUUUGGCGCGCCGUCGUCCACCCUGGCCUUCGGAGUCCCUUCAUCCACCCCAGCCUUCGGCGCACCCUCCUCUACGCCGGCGUUUUGGACGCCCACUUCGAGCCCGACGUUUGGCACGCCAUCGUCGACGCCGGCGUUCGGAGCGCCGCCGUCGUCAUCGCCGUCACCCUUUGGGUUCCAGCAGCAGGUGACUCCGUCCCCUUCGCCUUUUGGUUUCAGCGGCGGGGCUGGCGGGCAGAUUACCACCCAGAUGGCCCCAGUUGCGCCGCUGCCGCUCUCGCCCUCCGACCGCGACAUUCAGGCUAUGGUGGAUGCGUACAAGGAGGACCCAGGCAACCCUCGCUAUGCUUUUAGGCAUCUGUUGUUUAGCGUGACAGAUCCUUCACAAAGGGUGAAGCCUGUAGCAGCAUCUGAUAUCAUGUGGGCAGAGGCGAUGGGUAAGCUUGAGUGCAUGGAUAGUGCGGACAGGGAGAGGCUAUGGCCUCAACUUGUGCAGGGGUUUAAAGAUCUCUCCUGCCGGCUUAAGCUCCAAGAUGAAGUUCUUGUUUCAGAUACUGAAAGAUUGAGCAUGACCCACUCCAAUGUUAAGAAGCUGCAAAGACAUUUCCAAGCUGACACAUAUCCCUGGAUCCAACGGUUGAAGCAUCAAGAGCUUGUUAUUGAGAGGCGCCUCCUAAGGAUCAUGAGAAUAGUGGAGGCAUUGGAAAACCGGGGUUUCCGUGUUCCGUUAAUGAAAGAGGAAGCUGAUUUAUAUGAAAGAUUGGUUGCUAUAAUAAAGCAGAUAAAAGGAACCAGCGGUGAUCUGUCGAAGAGAGCUUAUAAUCUUCUUUCAACUUCACGUGUUCUUGCAAGCACCGGCUGCGCUAGUGGUCCCAUCUAUAUUCCGAGUUCAACCAAAGUCGAUAAGCAGAAUGUUACCGAGCUUCUUGAGGCAUUGCAACAGCAGACCGAAGCAGUUGGGAAGUUAGGCAAUGUAUUAAAAAGGGAUACCAGGGACGUGGAAAUUGUACUUUCGGAAGACACGGAUAUGGAAGAAGACAGUUCCGGGAGAAGGGCAUUCAAGAUGCAAAACUGA